AUGGCCGGCUCAAACCUGGACCACUCGCUGCAAGAAAUCAUCAACGACGACAAGCCGACGCGGGCCAGGGCCACCAACGGUCGUGCCAAGUCAAAGGCGUGCAACAACUGCGGCGUGAUUGGCCACCUGGCCGGCGCGUGCCCGGACCCGGCGCAGUGCCACGCGUGCGGCUCGACGGCGCACGUCGUCGCCGACUGCCCGCACACCGACGAGACUUGCGACAUCUGCGGUCGCGUCGGGCAUCUCGCCGUCAAGUGCAGGCGCGAUGACCCGCGAUGA